AUGAACCUGCCUCCACAGCUCUCUUUCGCCCUCUACGUGGUCGCCUUUGCACUGGGCUUCCCACUCAAUGCCCUGGCCAUCCGAGGCGCAGUGUCCCAUGCCCGGCUCCGCCUCACUCCCAGCCUGGUCUAUACCCUCCACCUGGGCUGCUCUGACCUCCUGCUGACAGUCUCUCUGCCUCUGAAGGCAAUGGAAGCCCUGGCCUCAGGAGCCUGGCCUCUGCCAGCCUUGCUCUGUCCUGCCUUUGCGGUGGUCCACUUCACUCCACUCUACGCUGGAGGGGUCUUCCUGGCUGCCCUGAGUGUUGGCCGCUACCUGGGAGCAGCCUUCCCCUUGGGCUACCAAGCUAUCCGGAGGCCAUGCUACUCCUUGUGGGUGUGUGCAGCAAUAUGGGCCAUUGUCCUCUGUCACCUGGGGCUGAUCCUUGGGCUGGAGGCUCCGGGAGGCUGGCUGGACAAUACCACCACCUCCCUGGGCAUCAACACACCAGUCAACGGCUCUCCAGUGUGCCUGGAGGCCUGGGACCCAGCCUCAGCCGGCCCUGCCCGCCUGAGCCUCUCUCUCCUGCUCUUCUUUCUUCCCUUGGCCAUCACAGCCUGCUGCUAUGUGGGCUACCUCCGGGCACUGGCCCACUCAGGCCUGAGCCACAGACGGAAGCUAAAGGCAGCCUGGGUGGCCGGUGGGGCCCUGCUCACAUUGCUGCUCUGCUUAGGACCCUACAAUGCCUCCAACGUGGCUGGCUUCCUACACCCCAACAUGGGAGGCCAGUGGCGGAAGCUGGGGCUCAUCACAGGUGCCUGGAGUGUGGUCCUCAACCCACUGGUGACCGGCUACCUGGGAGAGUGUCCCAGCCGGGGGUCAGUAUGUGUGGCAAGAACACAGGGGGGAGCAUCCCAGAAGUAG